GGCGCGCCGUCGGGCCAGCAGGGCGUCUCCUUCCAGCUGCAGAUCGGGCUCACCCGCGAGUGCGUCCUCCGCCCGCCCGCCUCCGACCUGGCCCACGUCAAGCAGCUCGCCUGCUCCAUCGUCGACCAGAAGUUUCCAGAGUGCGGCUUCUAUGGCCUCUACGACAAGAUCCUGCUGUUCAAACAUGACCCCUCGUCCGCUAACAUCCUACAGCUGGUCCGAGCGGCCGGUGACAUCCAGGAGGGAGACCUGGUGGAGGUUGUCCUCUCGGCCUCCGCCACCUUUGAGGACUUCCAGAUCCGCCCGCAUGCCCUCAACGUGCACUCCUACCGGGCUCCGGCCUUUUGCGACCACUGCGGGGAGAUGCUUUUCGGCCUGGUGCGCCAAGGGCUAAAGUGUGACGGGUGCGGCCUGAACUACCACAAGCGGUGUGCCUUCCGCAUCCCCAACAACUGUAGCGGUGCCCGCAAGAGGCGUCUGUCUUCCACCUCGCUGGUCAGCUCCCAGUCUCUGCGCCUUUCGAUCACGGAGUCCCUGCCUUACGGCCCCAAUGACCUGAGCCGGAGUUCGACCGAGCUGCUCCCUCGCCGUCUGACAUCCUCCACGUACGUCGGCCGCCCCAUCGAACUGGACAAGCUCUUCUUGACGAAGGUCAAAGUGCCCCACACCUUCCUCAUCCACUCGUACACCCGCCCCACCGUCUGCCAGUUCUGCAAGAAACUUCUCAAGGGUCUUUUCCGCCAAGGGCUGCAAUGCAAAGAUUGCAAGUUCAACUGCCAUAAGCGUUGCGCGACUCGGGUCCCGAACGAUUGCCUUGGGGAAGCGCAGUUUAAUGGCAGCGAUGUACCAAUGGAAGACGUCAGCGAUCUCAGCGAGGCGGAGAAGAACUCCCUCAUGGACGAAUCGGACGACUCUGGCAUCAUCCCCGGGUCCCACUCGGAGAACGAGCUCCACGUGGACGAAGACCCCGAUGACAUCAGCAAAUCCCAGGGUUCCGCAGGGUACAUCCCCUUGAUGCGAGUGGUUCAGUCUGUCCGACAGACGACCCGCAAGUCGAGUACGGCUCUGAAGGAGGGCUGGGUUGUUCAUUUCAGCAACAAGGACACCCUGCGGAAGCGCCAUUAUUGGAGACUGGAUAGCAAGUGCCUCACCCUCUUUCAAAACAACACCAGCAGCCGCUACUACAAGGAGAUCCCCCUGUCAGAGAUCCUGGCAGUGGGGCCAGCCCAAGACUUCUCCCUGGUGCCGUCAGGGGCCAACCCUCACUGCUUUGAAAUCAUCACCGCCAAAGCCACGUACUACGUCGGAGAGAACGGCACCCCCAGCAACGGCCACCAGCACGGCGGGGACGGCCAGGAGAAUGCCAAGUCUUGGGAGAACGCCAUUCGCCAGGCCCUCAUGCCCAUCAUCCUUCAGGGCGCUCCUAGCGCUCAAGGGCAGGCGCCCCACAGACAAGCGUCCCUGCGUAUCUCUGUUUCCAACAGCCAAAUACAGGAGAAUGUGGAUAUUGCCACCGUGUACCAGAUUUUCCCAGAUGAGGUUUUAGGCUCUGGACAGUUUGGCGUCGUUUACGGAGGAAAGCACCGGAAGACAGGGCGGGACGUGGCAGUGAAAGUGAUCGACAAGCUCCGUUUCCCAACCAAGCAGGAGAGCCAGCUGCGCAACGAAGUCGCCAUCUUGCAGAGCUUGAGACACGCUGGGAUCGUGAACCUCGAGUGCAUGUUUGAGACCCCGGAGAAAGUGUUUGUCGUGAUGGAGAAGCUCCACGGGGACAUGCUGGAAAUGAUUCUGUCCUCGGAGAAGGGCCGGCUCCCGGAGAGGCUCACCAAGUUUCUCAUCACGCAGAUCCUGGUGGCCCUCCGGCACCUGCAUUUCAAAAACAUCGUGCACUGCGACCUCAAACCCGAAAACGUCCUCCUGGCUUCAGCUGAGCCGUUUCCUCAGGUGAAGCUGUGCGACUUUGGCUUUGCCCGCAUCAUCGGCGAGAAGUCUUUCCGGCGUUCUGUGGUGGGCACCCCGGCCUACCUGGCCCCCGAGGUCCUGCUCAACCAGGGUUACAACCGUUCUCUGGACAUGUGGUCGGUGGGCGUCAUCAUGUAUGUCAGCCUGAGCGGCACCUUCCCUUUCAACGAGGACGAGGACAUCAACGACCAGAUCCAGAAUGCCGCCUUCAUGUACCCGCCUAACCCCUGGCGCCAGAUCUCCGUCGGAGCCAUCGAUCUGAUCAACAACCUGCUUCAGGUGAAGAUGAGGAAACGGUACAGUGUGGAUAAAUCCCUCAGCCAUUCUUGGCUACAGGACUACCAAACGUGGCUGGACCUCCGGGAGCUGGAAACGAGAAUGGCCGAGCGCUACAUCACCCACGAGAGCGACGACGCCCGCUGGGAGCAGUUUGCCACGGAGCACGGCCUGCCCUACCCCGCCCACUUGCGGGUUCGCCGGCUGGAUGAAGAGGAUGAGGAGGGAGAGCAGCAACAGGAGGCAGAGAUGAAGGGCUUGGCCGAACGGGUCAGCGUGCUCUGAACAGCCGCCGGCACUCGAACGCAGGGCUCGCGGGCAGGGGGCCUCCCGUGGAGGGGGCACGGCGUCCAUCCUCGCAGACUUUGUGUUUGGAAAAGAGGGAAGUUUCUCUCCCCUUUCUGCAGCCAACGGCAGGGAAAAUGGUCCGGCUGAGAAUCUUCCACCCACCCAUUCAGUUCUGUUUCUCAAGAAAAGCGGGGAGACGAUGCUCUCCUUUGGGAAUUCUGUGCCGGAAUUCUGAAGGGGCCUGCAAGGUGGUCUCAUUUGGGGAGAGAAUCACUCAGAGGGUCCGGAACUGCAGGACCAGAUGGACCAGAAGUCCCCAACAUGGUGUCAGCGGGUGCCAGGGCACAUGCCAGUAUUGUAAACCCAACUUGACUAGCCCCUGCCAAGUAUUUAUAGAAACUGAACUGGGCCAUGCGAAGCUUUCGCCCAGGAGGGCUUCUGAUUGGCUGCUGGAGGUUUGAUUGGCUGUGCUUCGAUGCUUGGAGGGGCAGCUGCCACCACAGCGCAAGGAUCCGCGCUGCGUCGCCGAAGGUCCGCUCGGCUUGCCGUUUUGCGGCUGGCUCCGCCUCCUGCGGCCGCCAUUUUCUCACAGCCGUUUUGUGGCCGGAACCACCAUGCUGUGCCGGAAUUCUGAAGGGGCCUGCAAGACUCGACAAGAUUGGGGACUCCAGUACGGAGGCCGGAGGGUGUGUUUGGGGACUGCCAGUGGAGACAAGCCCAGGUGCAUUCUGGGAGCGAUCGCGGGAUCGGCGGUCUCGGGCCAGCAAGACGGCAGAGGGAUCUCCUCUUGUGGGAUUCCCUUGAGUGGGAAUCUUUGAGGACCAGGGCAGGGGGUGUCCUGUUGUGUACCCACUUGGCAGGGAAGGUAGAAGGGGGAUUGCGUCACACUGGGCAAGAGGGGUUGGCAUAAAGACAAGAGGUAUUCUUUGGUAUUCUUUGUUUCCUUGUCCAGAAGCUCCAGUUCCUAACAGAGCUAAUCAUGGAAGGUU